AUGGCUCUUGAUGAUGCGGCCAGGAGGGCCUAUGUAGGGAAUCAUAUGGAUUCGGAUCUUCAGUUCAUCUUAGGAGAAUCUGGAGUUUCUUUGGCCUCUCAAUAUAACAUCGCUCAGGCGUAUACUUCUCUCAGGAGAUUUAGUGCUGUUGCUGAUGACAGGGCUGGGGUGAGAACUGUUUGCAGAGAUGAUUUUGGAAUUCCCGGAGACACGCCCCAGGGACGGGCCGAGGCGGCCUCUGUGAUUGCAGCUUGGGAGACAUCAAAGGAAUACAUUGCCAAGGAGGUUGAAUUGAGAGCUGAGUCGAAGGUCUUGAGACAGCCGCGUGUGCUUCAGGUUCACGAGCGCCAGGCCAUGAUUCGUGCAGUUGAGGCUGUGCAUGGGUCUUUGAAUGAGGCUGAGGCACCAUUACAGGAUUAUUUGUCCUUGAAGGCCGACGAGACGGAGACAAACGAACCUGUUGCAGCACAGCUAGACGAGAUUUUGAGUAGGAAGGAUUCGUCCAAUGCUGCCAUUCAGUCUUCUGUUGAUGCUUCAGGUCAUUUGCGAGUGACUCGGACAAAGACCAAGGCGAAGAUGCCAGUCACGACCGAAGACUAUAGGCGCAUUAUGAAGGUUGAGAUGUUUUCUUGGCUUUGCAUGGCGGCACGUUUUCGCUCCAAGCAUUGGCUUCACGGCCUGACUGCGGAACCCUUUCUGAAGUUUGUUGAUUUCAUUCUUGGUGAUAGGGUCUGGGGGAUUCAGGUUCCUUCAGCUGCAGGUGAGGCGCAGCGUGUCAAGCCAGAUUGGGCAAUCGUCUUGGCCUUUGAACACAAGUUGAGAAAGGAAGCAAUGAAGAAAGUCACCAAUGAAGGCUUCACUCUUUCAGAUGCUUUAGCAGCCGUGAUUCGUGAUCCUGAUUUGAAAGAGGCUUAUUUCACUACCCCUAUUGCUUUGAAAGCCGCAACCAGCACAGAGGCUCCACCGAACAAAUGGUUUCGUCUCAACGACAAAGGUAACAAAGGGAGGCGGAUUGUGGAUGAGGCAAAUUUCUUCGUGUCCAAGUGUUUUGAGCUUUGCCUUGAGACAGUCAGGGCGAAUGGACAUUUUCUCUUGGAGCAUCCGGAGGACUUAGGCCUUGUUCAGGACGAGCGGCCAGGAUCCAUUUGGCAGUGGCCUGAGUUGCAUGAGUUGUUGAUUGUGACACAUUUGUGUUGCUUUGCCAUUCAUCAAUGCCAGUUUGGUGCAGACACACCCAAGCCUACGCGUUUUGCGACCUCGAUGCCAGUGAGCGACCCCAGAUGCUUUUGCUCGUUGCCCGUCUUCGACAAGGUCGGUCGCUAUCUCGGUCCAUUGCCUCGCGAUUGCGGGCGCCAACAUACGGUGCACUUGAUUGGCAAAACAGACAGUGGUUGGAAGACGGCGCCCAGUGCCGCAUACCCUCCCGGUCUUUGUUCUUUUCUCGCUCAGUUGAUCCUUGAUGUCGGAACAUCCCUUCGGAAGGGGGGGCUAAAGGAUAAACCUCGCUCUCAGUCAUCCAUAGGGGGGCACCCGGCUAAGAAGCCUCGAGCAGCUGAGCCAGUGGGAGACUUGGACAAACCAGCAAUUGCACAGGCCUCUUUGGGGGGCUUGGACAAACCAGCAAUUGCACAGGUCUCUUGUGUGAACAAAGCAACAAUUGCACAAGAACCUUGUAAGGACUUGGGCAAGGCAUCAGUCACUUCGAGUCAGCCAGCGCAGUCUUCAUCCGGAGAUUGUGGUUCGCCUUUGGUUGUGAUUGAUUUGGAAGACGAUGAGGGCAACAAGGGGGCAGUGCCUCUGGAGGAUUCCCACGACUCGUUCGACGUGCAGGCCUGUUUGAAUAGGGGGACCCCGAUGGUCGCUGAGUGGGACAACAAGUCUCAUGAGUUCAUUGAUGGUUUUGGGCUGUGCAGCCCCACUCGUUGGCACCCGCUGGCACGGGGUGAGAGGCGCACUCAGGUUAUGCGUGACCUUGCAACCAAAACCUUUGAGCUUUUAGAGGCCUUCGUGGUAAAGCUCAUUAGAAAUCCCAGACAGGAUGCCUUCAAACUGGUCACCGGCAAGUUGGAAUCUUCACCAUUUCCUCAGUCUGAUUUGCAGGACCUUCGAGUGGCUUGGGCGCAGCUCCUUCCAGAUCCAAAGGACGCUCUUGUGGUAGAACCGGGUCAGCCCUUUUCAUUGAGGGCGAUUUCCCAGUGGUUGAAAGUCUUUGAGGACCCCGAUGUGUCUUGGUUGGUGGACGAACGGGACUCGUUUGCUUCAGGGGUGCCGAUUGGAGUUGACGAGCCGCUGCCUCGGUCACCGCAGGUUUUCGGACCCAAAGUGCGCCACAGGAAGCUUGAUGAAUCCGAGUUUAAUCCCCUUGCCUUUAACUACCCCUCGGGUCAGCUUAGUUGCAAAGAACUCGAAGAGAAGUUUAGGGAAGAGGAGUCGCUUGGUCGGAUGUUUCCUUCUAAGCUUUCGGUCCUUAGGAAUAAGUACGGUGAUAGGGUGAGGGUGGCAGCUAUGGCUGCGAUCACCAAGCCGGACGGAUCGGUCCGCCCGUUGCACGACGCGACCCAUUCUGUAAAGGUUAACCACGCCAUCCUUUAUAGAGAUCAGAUUCAGUGCCCAGGUCCUGCAGAAAUCGCUGCGGUAGUCAGGAUUGCCGUGGAGUCUGGUGAGGCUCCCUUUUGCUUGUCUGCUGACAUCAAAGCGGCCCACCGUCUAGUUAAGAUUAGGGAAUCGGAUUGGGGCUUCAUGUGCUGCCGUGCUGACUCUUCGUCUGAUGUCAUAUGGGUCAACAAGACGGGGACCUUUGGCGUCUCUAGCGCCCCCUACUGGUGGGCGAAGCUGUGUGCCUUGAUCGGAAGAUUCGUAGGUCACCUGAUGCAGACCUCUUGGUUUCUCCACAUGAUUUAUGUAGAUGACUUGCAUGGAGUUUUCGUAGGCGAGCGCAAAUUCCUGAACUUGUGGAUUUGGUUGCUGGCCUUUGAGAUGGCCGGUACUCCCUUUGGAUACCAUAAGUUCAAAGGGGGGUUUGCGUCUGAGUUCGUAGGGAUGGUGGGGCGGCUGCCUGAUACGAUUAUCCUGACCUUGAAGUACUUGCUCGUCGAGUUUGGUCUGGAAUCUUUCAGGGUUUCGGUGAGGGCGCCUGUUGUAUUUCCGGCUGAGGCCUUUCGCACAGACGCAAAGUGCACGGACGACUUUGUGGUUCUUGGAGGCUGGGAGAUCAAGUCUCGGCGCUGGUUCUCGCUGAGGCUCUCUCCUGACUGCGUGCCAUUCCUGUUUCGCAAAGGGUCAGGGGCCCAAUGGGCGUCAACGUCAGCGGAAUUUUUGGCGUCCUUGGCGGGGCUGCAUGCCUUCGGUUGGUUGGCCCCCUCUCAAAGGAGGAAAUCUGCAGUUGUCGCUCUUUCGGCGGGUACUGAUAAUCAAGCCAAUGAGGCGCUGUCGGUCAAGCGCUCGUCGACCAAGUGGCCACUGAUGGCAGUGAAUAUGCAGCUUUCGUCAUCCCUGGCCAAGGAUAUGGACCUUUCGAUCAUCCAGGAACUUGUUCGCACGAGGGCAGCAUUCGAUGUGGCGCGUGCAGAGGCCAAGGCUGCGAAGGGUUCUGGUCGUUCCGGUCCCACUAAGC